UCCUACCCCUGCGCAAGAUCGCAGCGACACCCCAACACCAAAUCUUCCUUUAUACAAUGAAGUGGUAUCCAAGGUACUUAGCAACAGUAGACCUUCUACACUAGCUGGGAGAUCUUCAGCGUCGAUGACCGCCUCUCUCGAGUCCUCGCGGUCAAGCGAGUCUUCACGCCCACCUCUCCGGACUAUGGCAUCGUACAGCUCGUUUAGACCACGCAUUCCUACACCGGAACCACCUGUCGUCCUACCACGCCCGCAUUCAUCUGCUACCGUGACCUCUGAUGGUACUUCAUCAGCUCGAUCGAGCUUCGCUGAGUCAUCUAGCAGAUCACCUCAAAAUACACCAGCGCUUCCUCCGACUUCAGCUAACAGCGCCGUUUCCUUGGACCCGCUCGAUGAGGAUGCCGAGGAGGAUUACUUUACUAGUAAUGCUCGCCCUACUCCCAGCCUCUCUGCUAAUCAUUACGUGGAACCAGACCUGUUACUGGGAAUUUCCUUGGCAUUUACGCCUCCUGCCAUCUCCACCGUCUUAACACAGAUGUCAGGGUCCAUGCCCAACCUUAUCACCCUUCCAUAUGGCAAAUACCCAGCCCUACACUUGCAGGCACCAAGCUGGCGGCAGAUGUUGAAAUUGAUGGCGAGGUUGAGUGGGACGAGGAUUGAGCCAACGUUGGAGGCGAUCACUGUGGCAAAGCACGAGCUUAAGCUACGGAUAGUCGUCCAGUUCGUAAAGGUUCACCACUCUUCGUCGGACUGGCGAACGGUUCUUUACCUAACGACCGAUUAUCCGUGCCCUCCAAAUACCAACAAUGCACACAAAUAUACGAACGGUGAUGUCAGCGUAUUGCCAUAUUCUUAUACGCUAUCGUCACUGCCCACGCUCCUACGUGAUGGUGCUGAAUCCCCCAUGGCAAAAUACUAUGUUAUUCCAUCAACGAACUCCACGCCAUAUCCAACACUACCAAUUAACUUUCCCAACUUGGCUAUGUAUCUACAGUCUGCUGUGCAGGAUUCACGAAAGGCAGCGAACGACAGCUCGAGUGGAUUGCGUAAACUCGCAAAUUACAUUGACACAUGCUAUCCGAAUGAUUCUGAGCCUGUCAAUAGUCUUGAUGAUAAGGAGGUUACGCGGAGGGGAGUGGGCGGGAUGUUCAAGAGAGUCAUUCAAGUUGGUAGGAAUAAGCCAGUGAAAGGGAGAGGGAACGAAGAAAUAUAUGAACUCGUCACACCGUUCGUACCAGACGAGUGGGGCUAAUGAAUUUUAAGAUGCGUAACGCUGCUUUCAGAAACUGGGCUCUGCUGGACUCGCUACUGCGUUGUGAUCACUCGCCACCUCAAUAGGUGCUUUACUUUCGAUAGAAUUGGCGGCUUGUCUCGAGCUCGGAUGAUUACUCUCAUUUAUCUACUAGUAAUUACGCCAAUUAUAUACAAUGCAAUGCCAUAUUUCUCUAUCAUAGUACAAUUCCACUCUUCAGUAUACAUUAUUAUAUUCUCUAGUCUGUUGAUUCAAAAUAAAUGUUUUCAUGGUGUUGUCCCUAUCUGG